AUGUUCACAUUUCUUGUGUACGUUGUUGUUAUCUACGGCAUCUUGGUUGCCCAGUGCCUUGCCUCUGGAGCAUCGUAUUCAUUUCUUGCUUUUGCACUCACUCUCGUUGGGGUAUUCUUUCUCGUGGGAGUGCGCCCCCAGGUUGAAGGUUUCAUAGCGUUGGCAGGGAUCGGAAAAGAAGUAACUCUCCACCAUCAACAUCGUCACCACUACCGCCGUCGUCGCUGUUGUCUGCCGCCACUUCUGUGUGGAGCAAGGAAGAAGCAGUGGGCGAGUAAGCGAGCGAGAGAGGGACUGGUGUGCUGCUGCAACGGCGGCCGUGACAGGAGAAAGGUGCAGAUUGCGUGCACUGUACAAAGGGGGCUGACGAGGGCAGGUGAGGCGAGCCAACAAUAA